AUGCUACCUGUGAAAGUGACAGAAAGAACAAAAGAAAUCAGUGCAAAAGAUGCGAAGUCACUUAUACCCCUGAUGGUAUUAAUGGUGAUCAUUUUUCUGAUAUUCCUGUACUGGGAAAAUGAGCUGAAUCAAGAUGUAGGGAUAAUGACCUUAGAGCAUUUAUACGUGGACCACCCGAAGAGCGACAUUCCUGUAAGGUACUGCAACUCCAUGAUUUUACGAAGAGUCAUCAGGGAACCUGACCACAGUUGCAAAAAGGAGCAUGUCUUUAUCCACGAGAGGCCGCAAAUUAUCAACGGGGUUUGCAAUUCUCCCAAGAAGAUGAUUUGCGGAAAUGAUUCUUUAACGUUAUGUUUCCAGAGUGAGCAGAGGUUUAAAAUGACAGUGUGUCAACUCUCUGGAGGGACCAGAUACCCUGCCUGUAGAUACCACAGUUUGCUCACAGAAGCCUUUAUCACUGUCAGUUGCAAUGUCUUGGGGCCAGCUAAAUUUUAUGAAUAUGUCAAAUAA